AUGCCAGGACUACUUUCAAGGUCGAAGUCUAUGCGACUUCUGAAGAGCCAUCGGAGAGAUGCCCAGCAGGAUACUGUUCAGAAACUGAUGCCGCCCUCGGCAGGAUCUCAAACGGAUAUUGACAGAAACCAGUCAGCCACACCCGUCUCGAGGAAAGAAAGGCGCCUCGAAACCCCAGACAUCGCACCUCGUCCUAGCACGUCCGGUGGACCGGGAGAUCGCAGGACGGCGUUCCACAUGAAAACAUAUCCUGUCGCGUCUAUUCAUUCCCAAAAUAACCUUCCGUCUUCUGUCCCAUUGAACUCAACCACAGCCCAUUCAACUACAGGGGCAUUCGACUCUUCAGAAGGAAUCAUUGGGAUCGCAUUGGGGAGUCCUACCGUUGGCUCACACUGGACUGGCACACCUCAGGCUUCAACUACUGACGUAGCAUCACAAAAUACCGAUAUCAUGUCAGCCUGGUCGCCUAUUUCGCCCCCUUCUGCUCGGACAGAAGCUCCUAAAUCGAAGCUUAGCCGCUGGAAGUCGAUGUUCAGAAAAGCAGCCCCACCACCACCACAGCCGGAAAAGCAAGCUUUCUAUCAACUCACAACUACCAUUACAGCUACACGGGCAGGCCGUGCAGAUAGUCAUCAUGAUGAAGAGCAGGUGAAGCCGGUCAUAGAGCCUGUCAGUGAUAGAGACACCGGGCGCACUCCAUCACCACCAACGUUCAAACCCAACAUCCGAGCAUCCCGUGCAUUCACUACGCCUCGCUCGGCUCCUGCACCACCCCAAACUCGACCACGAGCGGUCACUGCAAAUUCUCUACCAGCCAAUCCUCGUGUUUCAGUGGUACGCUCAGCAACCACCCCUGCACCGUCAAGCGCUGUUGGCAACGGUCAUCCCACCGUGCCGCAGUCGAAGCCGUCACAUAACCAUCAAAAUGGUCCACCGGUAUCUGAAGAUGAUAUGCCCAUGUUGGAUGUUAGCAUUCCGGAUAUCAAGUUAGACAGAUACAGUGUCAUGUUUGGCAAUCUUCUCCAGUCUACAACUUCGAAUCGAUCAUCCUCGUUAUUGGUACGAAGACAAGGGAAUACUGACAAGCUUAAGCCGCUGAACAAGCUGUCCGUCAAGGAUCAUGAGCAAGAGUCUCCCAUUGAUUACAAACUCCAGCGCCGAGCGACAUCUCCCGUGAUGCCGUCUCCGUCGCCGCGACUGUCACUUUUCCCAAGCACACGCAACAGUCCAGUACCAUCACCAUCACCGCGCUCAUCAUCCGUUCCACGAUCGAAAAAGCUCCAUCGAUCGAAGACAUCCCCUGAGAAAUCACCCCUCCGACAGACAUUUUCCCAAAAAGAGAUGGGCAGCCAAAAAGCCCAGGACCUAUUCGUCCAACACGAUAAACCCACCGCAUCGCCGCCCGUCCUCGAAUCCUAUGUCUCCUCAAACCUCAAAGUCCAACAUCUCGCCAUCACCCCGAAUUCGAUCCGCAGCUUCGAAUCCGACAACGACAGCAUCACACUCGUUGUUGGCCGCACAACACCCGGACAGCCGCUCCACCUCGACGAUCGCGAACCAGAAUGGGAAAUCAUGACCAAACCCCCUGCUCCAAAGCGCGCCAACACCGCACCUAUCACCGAUCUCCAGCGCACACCAUCUCAACGCACUCAACCCACCGUGACCAAGCUUAGCGCGCUGUCAUCACACCCGAGUUCUGCUCCUCUCGAGGCGCCAUCACCGCUACAAAAGAUCCAACAAUUACAAAGUCCACCGCAAUCCGCGCGUCAAGAGCCUUCCGCUACGCCAAAGGCCAUGGUCGGCGUCGCACGCUCGGUAUCAGUGAGCCGGGCGAACAGUCCCAGGACACUUGUGCGGACGGCCUCUGUGGUAAGGAGUCCUGGCGCAAAGGGGGAGUUUGUGGGAAGCGGGCAAGCGCUUACACCAACGAUGGUGGAGGUCAGGAACCGCAAGAGUCAGAGGGUACAAUUGGUUGAUGCGUAA